AUGUAUUUCGGUAUGAAUUUCGGGAGACUGGCUAUUUCAAAAAAAGCAAAAUUAUGGAUUCGAUGCAUGUGCAACGUUGCUGGCACUACCGAUACGAAAGAGUUGCAGUAUAUUCGUAAUAUCGGCAUCUCGGCACAUAUCGAUUCCGGUAAAACUACGCUGACGGAAAGAAUACUCUACUACACUGGUAAAAUAUCGAAAAUGCAUGAAGUCAAAGGAAAAGACAACGUUGGCGCGACAAUGGAUUCCAUGGAACUAGAAAGGCAGAGGGGCAUUACGAUUCAAUCAGCGGCUACUUAUACAAUUUGGAAAAACUACAACAUCAACAUCAUCGACACUCCCGGUCACGUCGAUUUUACAGUCGAAGUAGAGAGGGCACUCAGGGUUUUGGAUGGCGCCGUUUUGGUUCUGUGUGCAGUGGGAGGCGUACAGAGUCAAACCUUGACAGUAAACAGACAGAUGAAACGCUAUAACGUACCAUGCAUUGCUUUCAUAAAUAAAUUAGAUCGGCUUGGGGCUGAUCCACACAAAGUUUUGGCCAAUAUUAGAAGUAAACUGGGGCACAACGCUGCGUUCUUACAACUGCCGAUCGGAAAUGAAAGCAAGCUCAAGGGAAUCAUUGACUUAAUUCACAGGAGGUCGAUUUUUUUCAAUGGAGAUUUUGGUAUAGACAUAGAAUACGGUGAUAUUCCGGAGGACAUGGUAUCACUGGUUGAAGAAAAGCGUCAAGAGUUGAUUGAACAUGUAUCAAAUGCCGACGAAACACUAGGAGAAAUGUUCCUUGAAGAAAAAACUCCUACCGAACAAGAACUAAUUGACGCUAUAAGGCGGUGUUGUAUAAAACGAACGUUUACACCUGUUCUCCUUGGUACAGCACUGAAAAACAAAGGUGUUCAACCAUUAUUGGACGCUGUGCUAUCAUAUCUACCUAAUCCCGGCGAAGUGGAGAAUAUUGCGCUUAAAAUGACUGAUGAUAAUGGCCAGCCUGAGAAAGUAGUAUUGAACCCCAGUAGAGAUGGCACUAAUCCAUUCAUUGCUUUAGCUUUUAAAUUAGAAGCCGGACGAUUUGGUCAGUUAACAUAUAUGAGAUGUUAUCAAGGUAAAUUGUCCAAAGGUGAUACCAUUUACAAUUUUAGAACUUCCAAAAAAGUACGAUUAUCUAGAUUAGUUCGGCUACACGCAGAUCAAAUGGAAGAAGUGAAUGAAAUAUUUGCUGGCGAUAUAUUUGCACUUUUUGGCGUUGAUUGCGCUAGUGGUGAUACAUUUAUUACGGAUAAAAAAUUAAAUUUGUCAUUAGAAUCUAUUUAUGUACCUGAUCCGGUUGUCUCUAUGGCUAUUUCUCCUGUAAACAGCAAAGACAGAGACAAUUUCAGUAAAGCCGUAGCUCGAUUUACCAAAGAAGAUCCCACCUUCAAAUUCCAUUAUGAUACAGAUAACAAAGAAACUAUAGUUUCUGGCAUGGGUGAAUUGCAUUUAGAAAUCUACGCUCAAAGAAUGCAAAAAGAAUACAACUGUGCAGUGAAUUUAGGUAAGCCAAAAGUCGCAUUCAGGGAGACUCUGGUAAAUCCAUUUGAAUUUGAUUAUUUCCAUAAGAAGCAGCAUGGAGGUCAAGGACAAUACGCCAGAGUUAUAGGAAUCUUAGAGCCAUUACCAAUGAAUGAAAAUACAAAUUUGGAUUUUGUUGAUGAAACUUGUGGACCCAAUGUACCUAAGCAGUUCGUCCCAGGUAUAAUAAAAGGUUUUAAAAUUAUGGCAGAAAAAGGUUUAUAUUCUGGACAUAGGAUAUCAGGUUUACGUAUGAGGUUAUUGGAUGGUGCUCAUCACAUGGUGGAUUCUAGUGAAUUAGCGUUUAUAUUAGCUACCCAAGGUGCUAUUAAACAAGCAUAUGAAGAAGCUGCAUGGCAAAUUUUAGAACCAAUUAUGGAAGUUGAAGCAGUUGUCCCCACAGAAUUUCAGGGAGCUGUUAUGGGUCAGUUUAACAAGCGCAGUGGUAUCAUUAGUGGAAGCGAAGGAACGGCUGAUUGGGUCACAAUCUAUGCAGAGGUACCAUUGAACUGUAUGUUUGGGUUUGCUGGAGAACUACGAUCUUUGACCCAGGGUAAGGGAGAAUUCAGCAUGGAAUAUGUUAGAUAUUCACCAACAACACCUGAAACUCAAGAAACAGUAGUAAUGAAUUAUUUAGAAAGCACAGGUCAACUUCAAGCAUUCCUCAACGCAAAAAAAAAUAACAAGUCAUGA